UGGACCGUGAAAUAAUUUGAUGCCUAUGAAGUGGUUGCUAAUAAAAGCCCAGGAGAUUUUUGUACAAUAAGGCCUAGAAGAAGUCUGGUUUAUAUUUGCACGUUAUCCAAACUUCCUGAUGGAAACACCCAGGAUUUUAGUAAAGGACACAUUCUUGUCACAGCCUUUGCCUUCAGUUUUUCAUAUGACUGUGCUGCCUAAAAGUCACCUUUAGAUACAUUGGGCUUCUAUAGCAAGUAAAGUUAGAUAAGCAAGUGUAAAUUGGCUAUAUCAGAGAAGGAGAGGUCAACAUAGAUAGUUAGUAGUGACUGGGUCACAGCACAUAUAAGAGAAAGAAGGGAAUACUUUGUGAAUACUGCUAACUGUGGAAGGGGACGUGACGAAGAGAGUGAGAUGGCCUGGUUCUCCUUCUUCCUCCUGAACCUUCUCUGGGCGAUGGUUGGCACCAGUUCUCAGUCUGGAAGUUCAUGCUUGGUUCCCACAGCAGACCAGUCUUUGGUUAAUGACAUACAAGUGCUCAUGGAGGAUUCCGUAACUUCACUAGACUUUCCAAACCCCAGCAUCCUGAUUGCCAUGAACCUGGCUGGAGCUUACGACAUGGAGGCCCAGAAGCUCCUGACUUACGAGCUCAUGGCCAGUAACCCUGCUGACCUAAACCUGGGACAGCUUGCCCUCACCGUCAUGGCCCUCACCUCUUCCUGCCGAGAUCCAGGAAAUAGAGUAUUAAUUCUGCAAAGUCAGAUGGAGAAGUGGGCACCUUCGAGCUCCAACGCUGAGGCAUCAACCUUCUAUAGCCCCAGUCUGGCCAUCUUGGCCCUGUGUCAGAAGAACUCAGAGGCAACCUUACCACUAGCCGUCCGUUUUGCCAAGACACUGCUGGUGAAUUCGUCUCCCUUCAGCGUGGACACAGGAUCAAUGGCGGCCUUGGCUCUGACCUGUAUGUACAACAAGAUUCCUGUAGGGGCGGAUGAUGCUUACAGAGUACUGUUUGGUCAGGUGUUAAAGGAUAUUGUGGAGAACAUCAGCAUGAGGAUCAAAGACAAUGGCAUCAUAGGAGACAUCUACAGUACUGGCCUCGCGAUGCAGGCUCUUUCUGUAACACCUGUGCAACCCAACAAGGAGUGGAACUGCGAGAAGACUAUGGACACGAUACUUAACGAUAUUAAGCAAGGGAAAUUCUACAACCCUAUGUCCAUUGCACAGAUCCUCCCUACUCUGAGAGGCAAGACAUACCUAGACGUGCCCCUUGUGACUUGUAACCCUGGAGCUGACGUACAACCAACCCUACCCAGCCAACCAAGCACGCCUUCGACCUCACCAACCAACAUCACUGUCAUCUACACCAUAAACAACCAGCUGAGGGGUGUGGAGCUGCUCUUCAACAUAACUAUUGAUGUCAGUGUGAAAAAUGGAUCUGUGCUGCUCGUGGUUCUAGAAGAAGCACAGCGCAAAAAUCCCGUGUUCAAAUUUCAAACCACAAUGACAUCUUGGGGCCCCAUGGUCUCUUCCAUCAACAAUAUUGCAGAAAAUACCAAUCACAAGACUUAUUGGGAGUUCUUUAGUGGCAAUACACCUUUGAAUGAAGGGGUUGCUUACUAUGUACCCUUCAACAACGAGCACAUCACUGCCAACUUCACACAGUACUAGGCAGGAGGCAGACUAGACUGAGCCCGUCCAAAGCUGGGUGCAAUCGUUCUUACUUCGUUUCAAAUUGAACGUCCAAUGUGGCACUGUCACACACUCUUUGAAAGCACCAAUUGAAAUUGAAUGUCUGUGAUGCUACCAUGUUCCUGAUAAAAACAGAAAAACACACUGUAAAAAAAAAAAAUGCUUCAGUUUCCCAGAGUCUCAAAAUCUGUGUCCUAUGGAAAUAAAAUGUUCAGCUU